GGGCUUGUUCGGUUAUUCCCAAUACACAUGGAUUGGAUGGGAUUGGAAAAAAUUGUGAAGAAGUUUGAGCUGUUUGGGAUUCAAACCUAUCCAAUCCCGCUCAAUCCACAUGGAUUGAGAGCUAACCGAACAAGCCCUAAUCUGGCAAUCCCUCCCCGCCCCCCGGGAACAGGAGACCCUCGCCCUCCCGCUCCUCCGCGCCGUCCUGUCCCGCUCGGCUGAAUUGUUGGUGGAGGGCUGGAGGCGCUCUGCCGCCUUCCGAUCCGUCUCCCUGCCUGCGUCGCCACGCACUUCCACGACCUCCUCGCCAGUCUCGCCGCUCCGAUCCAUCGCCUGAGAGCAGCGAAAAAAGAUUCAUGUUGUUGUAUGGCUGUUGCCUCAAACUAUCAUUAUGUUUGUGGAGGAACUGUACUACAUUUUUCUCAAAGAAAUUCCUAUUGCCCUUUGAAGUUGUGGUCUGUAAAGUACAAAAAUAGGAGAACGCCAGGGAAUCAGGCUUACCAUAACCCUAUACAUAGUUCUCCUUUACCACAUCUCUGAUUCCAUGCAGCUCAAUGGCCGCAUCUUUCAUGCUCAUUCUCUCUGAUGGGGUUUGUUUUGAGCAUGAGAUGCCGACUCUGACAACUGAAGCUAAGCAAGCCAGUAUUUUGUCAUAAUUUGCAGUGUUUUCAUAUGGUUGCACCUCUAAUAGCACUGCAUCCACAAUUUCUGUCAACUUGUCAGGUAAGGCCAUCUCAGCAAACAAGUGCAAGCUCAACCCAUCUAUGAACAUAUCAUCAGUUGGUGCUCUCCCUGUGAACAUCUCCAGAAGGGUAACCCCAAAGCUGUAGGCAUCACCUGCAGUGGAUACAUGCCCACCUCCUCCAUAUUCUGCAACAAUAAGUAUCUUGAUGAUUAAAUUCUCAGUUCUGACUAGUGUACAAAGCUGCAGGCUAUGUUGUUUAGAAUUAAGUACAGUGGACAUUGCAAUUACCUGGAGCAACGUAUCCAACAGUUCCUCUUAUCCCUAUGGAGCUUCCACUAUAUGAUCCAGAUAUGUUCAUGGAUUCACCAAUCAGUUUUGAAAGUCCAAAGUCAGCAACAUAAGCAGUCCAGUCACUAUCAAGGAGGAUGUUGUUAGGCUUCAAAUCACAAUGGAUGACUGAUGGCCGACUAUUAUUGUGAAGAUAAUCUAUUGCAUCAGCAACAUCAACUGCAAUAUUCAAGAGUUGGAUUAAAUUUAAUUUGUGCAGCUGCUCAUCCGUUUGCUGGUGCAGCCAUCUAUCCAGGCUGUAGUUGGGCAUGAACUCGAACACUAAUGCCUGGAAGUCAUUGCCUCUAGUGUCAACACUAGAGCAGCAGGUAAUGAUAUCGAUCAGAUUUCGAUGUUUCACCUGCCUCAAAGCUUCGCAUUCUGCCAAGAAACUUCUUGAAGAACCAGAUUGCUGAAGAGUGAACACUUUGACAGCUACAGAAGUAUUUCUCAGUGUCGGAAGAGACAGGCUUCCUUUAUAUACGGAACCAUAUUUUCCUUCACCUACCAGAUUGGUGGGUGCAAAUCCAUCAGUAGCUUCAAACAAUUCAAGGUAGGAAACUCUUGGAUACUUGUCGGUCAACCCAAUAAAGCUGUCGGUUUUUGUCUUUUCAGAUGUUACUUUCCACUUCAACAGAAAGAGCACAAACAAUAGAAGAGAUAUGCAUAUAGCAGUGCCAGCAAUUGGAAGCACAAUCCUAAGCAGUCCACGGUGCCACCUCUUUUGUGGCAUAUCCUGACAUGGAGGCAAUUCUAGCUCUCGAAUGCCUCCACAAAGCCCAUGAUUUCCAGCCAUUGAGAAUCCAGUCAUGUUAGCAAACACCCCACGAGUUGGAACCUCACCAUCAAGGAUAUUAAAGGAGAGGUCUAGUUCAACCAAAUUACUUAUGCUCUCAAGAACUUUAGGAAUCAUUCCAGACAAAUGAUUAUGUGCCAGAAAUAAUUCUUGUAAACCAGUAAUAUUUCCCAACUCUUGUGGUAUUGUUCCUGACAAGGAAUUCCUAGAGAGGUUUAGUGUGUUGAGGCCUCUAAGAUUGCCAAAUGAAUUUGGGAUGCUACCCGUGAAGGAGUUGUCAGCCAAACCAAGCCACACCAAACUUACACAACCACCGAUUGCAGCUGGUAUUUCUCCAGAAAAGUUGUUUUUUGACAGAUUGAGAGUUUGGAUAUUUUUUAGGCUGCCAACUUGUGCAGGAAUUACCCCAGAUAAGUAAUUAUCAGAUAGCAAUAGGUAAUCUGUCAGUGAGGGGAGGCCAAAGAUCUCAGUAGGGAUGAAGCCCGUGAGUAGAUUGGAGGACAAAUCCAGGCUAGGUAAGUUUUUCAAGUUACCAAGGCUUCUAGGGAUGGGGCCAUCAAGGCUGUUGUUCGACAAGGAAAACAACUGCAGCUGUGUGAGGUUGCCAAAGGAGGAUGGUAUAUUUCCUGAGAACUGAUUAUUUGCUAGCAACAAUACUUGCAGAUUUGUAAGUUUUGCGAUAUCUUCAGGAAUUACACCAUGCAGGUCGUUUUCACCCAUGUCUAGGUUGCUAAGGUUGAUAAGGUUUCCUAAGCCUGAGGGGACCACCCCAGAUAUGCCAUUGGCCGCGAUGCUGAGCCAUUGGAUCUGUGUUGAAAAGUUAGUGAUGGAAGUAGGAAGCACUCCUCCUAACCUGUUCAGGGGUAGAUCGAUCAGUUGAAGACGGGUGCAGUUCGUGAACAGCGUGAAGAACUCCCAACCCUGUUCAUCUUCUGCUUGCAGUUCAUUUGCACUCAUCUCGACAUUAAACGGGCACAGCUUUCCUAUCUCAGGUGCCACCCUCCCUUGGAAUCUGUUCAAUCCAAGACCUAAUAUUUCGACCAUGGUAGCGUUACCAAGUGAACUAGGAAGUGUUCCGGACAGCCUGUUGUUACCUAGGAGGAGCUUUUUGACACCAGGCAGGUUGGUGCCUGCAUCAGCUGGCAAGCUUCCAUGCAGCUUGUUCGAUGCAACUCCGAGAUACAGGAGCGAUGACUUGUUGAAGAGCAGUGGUGGAAUUGUGCCGGAGAGAUUAUUUCUACCCACCUCAAAGUCUACCAGACGAUCUAAAUGGGAAAGGCUUACAGGUAUGCUGCCUACCAGUUUGUUCUCAAGGACAUCAAGAAUCUGAAGCAGGGUAAGGUUACCAAGUGACGGUGGGAUGCUCCCUACUAAAUUGUUGUAGUGGAUGUAGAGGGUGCGAAGCUGAGACAGCAGACCAAGGCCAGCAGGAAUCUCACCCUCCAGCUGGUUGACCCCCAGGCUGAGGUGGGCGAGGCUGGAGCAGUUGCAUAGCUCUCGAGGGAUCUCGCCAUGGAUGGAGUUGUGUUAGACUAUGGUCAUGUGUACUAGAGAGGCUAUAGGUUAUGAGAGCUUAAGGAGAUAUAAAUACAUGCUGAGCCAUCUGUAAAGGACAUCAAAAGCAGAAAUAUCAGAACUCUAUCGAGAAGCCUUCGUGCUCCUCUGUCUCUACCUCUUUUCUUCUCCAAGUCUCCAUCACAGCCGAGCACUGUCCUCUUCCGAAAUCUCAAUCUACGAGUUCUUCUUCCAGUUCUCUUGAUCCCCUUCCUAGGGAGUGCUAACAUUUGGUAUGGUGAAGAGAGGCCAGCACAUCGUGCCGCUCAAGGGGAAGAGCGUCUUCGUGCGCGCCGACUUCAACGCACCGCUCGACGUGCGCAGCGGAAGUGUGGUGGGCUUGUCCUCACCGAGCAUGCAGGUGAAGAGGGCGCAGAAGAAUCGACCACCGAACUCCUGCUACGUGCACUGCGCGUCGCCGCUCUGCUCAGCGGCACAUGCCUCGACGCCGCCGUCGGACCUCUGUGCCGCGACGCGGUGCCCGUUGGAGAACAUCGAGAUGAGCUCCUGCGACGCGCCCCACGCGUGCCCGCCGCUGUACUACGGGUACGGGGACGGGAGCCACAUGGCGCACCUGAGGCGCGGCCGCGUCGGGUGGGGCGCUAGCGCACGCACGCCCAUGGCCAUGGUCGUCGACAACUUCUCCUUCGCGUGCACGCGCACGACCAUGGGCGAGCCUGUCGAGGUGGCAGGGUUCGACCACAGCCCGUUCUCGCUGCCGGACCAGCUCUCCUACCUCACGCCAUCCCACCAGCUCACCUGUGGCAUCCUCACCGAGAUGUCGCUCUUCUUCAAGCUGUGUGUGGAUCUGUAUUGCGCCAUACCUGCCGACCUCUGCAAGUCUGUUACCCAAGGGGUUGUUCCAGCAGGAGAAGACAAGGAUGACCCCAAGCAGCUCUGGCACCACCUGCAAGGUCGCUGGCCAAGCGACCAACAGAAACCGCACCUGCGCUCGCAGACACAACACACACAGAGGCAUCACAGAGCAACAGCAGCCGAGGAAAGACCCAACUAUCUCUCUGGCCUCAUUCCAAAGCUUGUCAAGCCCAAUUCGGUAGACAUGGUGACUACUGCAAGCAAGCCUACAUCAUAUUCGAUUGAUGCUCAAGUGGUGUUCGAUGAAAUGCAGCAAGGGUUUCGAACAUGGAUCCAACGACAACCAGAUACAAGGCGCAAGAGUUGUUGCCCUUCAUUGAUUGAUGCUCUGCUUGGUGGGUGUUCUAGCAUUGGUGCUCAUUGUGUGCGUUACCUGCUUAAGGAAUAUGCUCUUGCUACUAAAUUUCCUGAUUGGAUCGGGUGCACACAGUCACAAAAACUAAGAAGCUACAGAGGCAAUAUUCCUGGGUUAAGACCAAUUCCAUGGCCAUCCUUUAUUUUACUAAGCAGAGAGAAUAAGCUUACCAAGUCAUCAGUCAUGGUCACGGCUAGUGCGAUUCAGGCUUUUGUGAACUUGGUCCUCACUCCUUGUGAUGCUGGUUAUUUCAUUGCCAAGUUUGCACCAAAUUAUUUCAUCACCUACAUGUCGUUCCAGAUGACAGGUGUUACUGACAUAUUGGUUGGUGGUUGCGAUUCCAGGACACUUAAUCAUGAUGUUGAUUGGUUGGAGAAGGUUCUGAAAGAUAAGGAGCAUGUCACUAAACUUGUUACUGUUUUGAAAAAAGUGAGGAACCUUCUUGACUUGUCCAAAGACAACCUGCAGAUCAAGGAAAGUAAAAUCCAAGGAAUUUACAUCUCUCGAGCAAUAGAGAUAUUUAUCUUCAACAGUUCAGAUGUCUUAGAGAACUUUUUCCAGGAAUUGACAACAGUGCUGUUGGGAAAACACAUAUGAACUUGGCUAGCAGUAGAAAUCACUGCUUAUGCAUUUUCUCAGUACAAUAUGAAUCCACAUCAGAUGAGAGGGUACCAUCAGGGAAGAUUAUACUUAUUGAUUUGGAUGGUUCUGAGAAAGUUGAGACAACUGGUGCUAAAGGACGGGGUCUUGAUAAGGUGAAGACAAUCAACAUUGUCAUUGACUCACUAAGCUUUGUUUCAGUCUCAAUCUUCCAGCUUGAAGGGAUUGUAUUGGGUCUAAUCGCCAGUGCUGUCAGAUUCUCUGGUCUGGGUGCUGUCAGUAGUGGCCAAGGCAAUUUUUCUAUCUUUGUUUGGGAUCCUGGUAAUCGCGCUGUCAUGUUGCUCGCUUCAGGUGUUGUUCUAGUGUUGCAAGAGCUGUCACAUUUCAGAUGGAGGGCUGCAGAGGCGUGAUGCAUUCAACAAUGACGCUAAUCAACAACCGAAGAAGUUGAUCAUACACCGUCAGCGGCUUGGGGGCAAGCCGCAUUUCAAGGAGUGGGGAAUGUUAGGUAUACUAGAUGGACUAUGGUCAUGUGUACUAGAGAGGCUAUAGGUUAUGAGAGCUUAAGGAGAUAUAAAUACAUGCUGAGCCAUCUGUAAAGGACAUCAAAAGCAGAAAUAUCAGAACUCUAUCGAGAAGCCUUCGUGCUCCUCUGUCUCUACCUCUUUUCUUCUCCAAGUCUCCAUCACAGCCGAGCACUGUCCUCUUCCGAAAUCUCAAUCUACGAGUUCUUCUUCCAGUUCUCUUGAUCCCCUUCCUAGGGAGUGCUAACAAGUUGUUGAACAGAGAAAGGAAGUGCAGGCGACGUAGACGGCCGAUGGCGCCUGGCACCUCGCCGUCCAGCAUGUUGGAUCCAAGGUUCAGCUUCCGGAGGAACGUGAGGUUGCCGAUCGCCGGAGAGAUGGUGCCUGACAGCUGUCUCGAUGAUAUGUCCAGCGACGCCACUCUGCCAGGGUGCCGGCGGCGGGUGCAUGUCACGCCGGUCCAAUGGCAGAAAUCGGAGCUUGUGCUGUUCCACGAGCUCAGCCAGCCCACGGGGUCGGAGAGCUCCAGCUUGAUCGCCAGCAAAGCUCUUCGAUCGCCACUCACUUCCUGCUCGGAGGAAGAUGCAUGCCUACAUAUGCAAUGGAGCAGGAGCAUCAGUGUUAGACUAUGUGUGUGUGAGUGUGUGUGGGUCGGCACCAUUGUUGGGCUGCCGGCCCAUUAGGGUUAGGGUUUCCUGUGUCUCUAUAUAUUGUAACCCCAUCUAUUAUCAAUACAGUAGUUCAUCUUCUAACAUGGUAUCAGAGGAUUAGGUUUAGGAUUUGCUCCCACCUUCCACUGCAGCCGCCGGCGGCUCCUUCCCACCCCACAGCCGCCGCCUGCCAUUGCUGCCCCCGGGAGGCCCUACAUUCCCUCCCGGGGGCCGCCUCUCUCCUCCCAGCCGGCUGCCACUCCUUCCCCACUCCUUCCCCAGCCGGCUGCUAGCCUCUGGCCGCCGCCACCCUCCAGCCGGCGAGCUCGGGCUCCCUCCGGCCGCCUCCAUCCCGUUCUCCGGUCGGCGUCUUCCUCCUUCCCCCAGCCGGCGAGCUCGCCGCCACCUCCCUCACCCUUCCCUCCCGGGGCGCACCUGCCCCUGGCGCGGCUCGGCGCGGGCGUGGCUGCCCGGCCUCGGCACCGCCUCCAUCCCGUUCUCCGGCCGGCGUCUUCCUCCUUCCCCCAGCCGGCGAGCUCGCCGCCACCUCCCUCACCCUUCCCUCCCGGGGCGCACCUGCCCCUGGCGCGGCUCGGCGCGGGCGUGGCUGCCCGGCCUCGGCACGGCAGCCCCCGGCCCCGACGGCGCGAGGCGCGGCCCCCUGGCAGCGCGGACGCGGCGGUCCGCCCAUGGCGGCGCGGGUGCGGGUGGCCACUUGCGCGGGCGCGGCCACACCGGCCCCGGCGCGGGCAACGGCCCGGCGCACCUGCCGCGCCGUCGUCAGCCCGCCGCCAUCCCCCUCGACGGCUCCUUCCCAGCCCCCCGCGACGCCGCGGCGGCCUCCCCCGCCAGCCUCGACUGCGGUGCGCGCGUGUCCCCCUGCUGCCAGGGCCUCCCGCGCCGACCUUUCCUCCCUGGGCGCCGCGUCGGCCGCCCAGCUGCCAGGGCCGCCCGCUCUGGAUUUUCGCCGCGAUGCUGGCGCGGCCGAGCGUCGCCAGCACGCCCCGCUCGUCCCCGCGCAGCGCCCCCUGCUUUCCUGCGCGCGCCGCCCUCCUCAUCGCGCUGGCCACCUGCUUGACCGCGCUGGCACCAACUAGCACCAACCUUUCGAGCUUCUUCCGUCGCUGGCGCCGUCAACACCCCCUACUAGGUCCGGCGCAGGCCCCUGCCCGGCUGGACACGCCCUGCCGCCCACCCCCUUUCUUUGCCUUCGCUGGAUCCGUCGCUGCCGCGGCCUUCCCGGCCGGAUCCACGUUGUUGCGACCUUUCUGGCUCGAUCCGCCGUCCCUUUGGCUGGAUCGUGUCUUCCCGACUGCAUCCGUCGCUGCCGUGGCCUUCCCGGCCGGAUCUGUCGUUUCCCCUUCUAUUCUGCCGCGGGCGCGGACACCAUGACUGGCGCAGACGCGUGCGCUGCUGUCGGCCUCCCUGGCGGGGCUCCUUGACGUCUGGUCGAUCGAAGAAGCAGGAAGGUCGGCCUGCCUGUGCCCUUUUGCUGUGCCGCCCUGCCGAUCGUUGACGCUCGAACGUCGACCCCUCCCGAAGAUCAGGCUUUUGCUGCGCGUCUUCCGACCGCGACCACCUCGACUUCGGCUACCUCGGCAUCUAGGGGCUAUCGUCUUCUUGGAGCACACACCAGUCUCUACUCCAGCCGCAACAUUCGCACCAUCAUGACGUUGCGACUGCGGGGGGAUUUCAACCCGUCGGCUCCUACCUUCGGCCUCUACUCCAGUCUCAUCGUGUGUGGUGCCCCCGUUGCGACUGCGGGGGGAUGUUAGACUAUGUGUGUGUGAGUGUGUGUGGGUCGGCACCAUUGUUGGGCUGCCGGCCCAUUAGGGUUAGGGUUUCCUGUGUCUCUAUAUAUUGUAACCCCAUCUAUUAUCAAUACAGUAGUUCAUCUUCUAA